AUGAGUAUUAUUAUUCCCCAGAGAGCGUGCAUGCUCUGGAGCCACGCACCGCGCGUCCGGUCUCUUAAUCACUCCCACAGAACCUUCGCCACGGUCUCCGGCUCAAACAGACUCUAUGAUGUCGUAGUCAUCGGCGGUGGCCACGCCGGCUGCGAAGCCUCCGCAGCGGCUGCCCGCUCCGGCGCCCGCACUGCACUCAUCACCCCCUCCCUCUCCAAUCUCGGUGUAUGCUCCUGCAAUCCUUCCUUUGGCGGCAUUGGCAAGGGAACUAUGCUACGGGAAAUCGAUGCUUUGGAUGGCGUUGUAGGGAGGGUUGUGGACAAAGCGGGAACGCAGUUUAGAGUGCUGAACAGGAAGAAAGGGCCGGCGGUUUGGGGACCAAGGGCACAAAUUGAUAGGAGUUUGUAUAAGAGGUACAUGAGAGAGGAGAUGUUGGGUUAUGCGGAUGGGGAGGGGAGAUUGAGUGUCGUGGAGGGUAUGGUGGCGGAUAUUGUUGUGGAAAAGGAUGGGGGAAGUUUGAAGGAGAGACUUUAUGGGAGGAUAAAGGGAGUUAGGUUAGAGAGUGGGGAGGUUAUUCCGGCGGGUUGUGUAGUUAUUACGACCGGAACGUUUCUAGGCGGCGAAAUCCAUAUUGGGCUCGAAGCAUAUCCCUCCGGACGCAUGGGUGAAGCCGCAACUUUCGGCCUCUCGAAAUCCCUCCGAGAGGCGGGUUUCACUCUCGGUCGUCUCAAAACCGGAACACCACCUCGACUAGACAAGAAGUCGAUCAACUUCUCCGUGCUCGAAGCACAGGAAGGCGACAACCCUCCCAUGCCUUUCAGCUACCUGAACUCUCGCGUCCAAGUAGACACCCAACUCCUCAAUCACGAAACGCGUACCAACGAAUCCACGCAUGAUAUCAUCCGCACAAACCUCGAUAAAUCAAUACAUAUCCGCGAAACCGUGAAGGGCCCUCGAUACUGUCCUUCGCUCGAAUCGAAGGUUAUAAGAUUUACGGACAAGAAAAGUCAUAUUAUAUGGCUAGAACCUGAAGGUUUUGACAAUGAUGUCAUUUAUCCGAAUGGGAUAUCUAUGACUGUGCCUGCCGACAUACAACACGCAAUCCUGAAAACAAUCAAAGGGCUAGAAAACGUAAAGAUUUUGCAACCGGGCUAUGGAGUUGAGUACGAUUAUGUGGAUCCACGGAACUUAAGGUCUACUCUCGAGACCAAGAAUAUUGCGGGUUUGUUUCUCGCGGGUCAAAUAAAUGGGACUACGGGUUACGAAGAAGCAGCAAGUCAGGGCAUCAUUGCUGGUAUCAACGCGGGUCUUGCGGCCCAGAGUAAAGACCCCAUGGUCUUGACAAGAGCGGAUGGAUAUAUUGGGAUUAUGAUUGAUGACCUGAUUACUAAAGGCGUCUCAGAGCCCUAUCGCAUGUUCACAUCCAGAUCAGAAUACCGCAUGUCUGCGCGCACCGACAACGCAGACACACGGCUCACGGCGAUGGGUCGAGCCGCUGGAAUUGUCAGCGAUAAACGCUGGACCACAUUCCAAGACGAGGAAGCUCAGGUCGAUGCAUUAACCUCCAUACUCCAAGACAAGACCAUGGGCUGGAAGUCCUGGAACGCAGUCGGGUUCCAAGUCCGCAACGACUCCUCCAAACGCUCUGCCUACGACCUCCUCCGCAUGUCGAAUAUAACAUGCUCCUCGCUCCUCCCCACCGUCCCCGAAAUCUCGCGCUUCACCGAAAGAAUAAGAAGUAGAGUUGAAAUUAACGCUGCCUACGCACCCUACGUAGCCUACCAAAUCGCUUCGCAGCAGCGUUGGAAGAAGGACGAGAACCUGAAAUUACCACUGGAUUUGCACUAUGAUGCUAUCUUUGGGCUGUCGUUUGAGGAGAAGAGUGUGCUGAAAGCUACGAGGCCAGAGAGUGUGGGACAGGCGAGGAGAGUGGAGGGAGUGACACCCACCGGUGCGUUGAGGUUGUUACAGUUUGUGAAGGGAGUGAGGCGGGAGGAAGGGGAGAUGAGGUUCAGGGGGGAAAUUGAGGUGAGGAAGAGAGCGUUCAUGAGGUAUGCUGGUGAGGUAGUUUAGAGGGUUUAUUAGGAGGAGGAUAAUGUAUUGGGAGGCGUUUUACGUACUAGAAAGGCAGGUAUAGGAUCUAUAUGAUCGAUGUUGGAAUGGCAUGAAACGCAUAGAAGGAUAGGAACAUGUUC